AUGUCCUCGUACGCUGUGGCCCGGUGGCGGGAGGAAGGACGCCUGGCCGUCUGGCUGCAUGUCCCCAUCCAACAGAGCGGGUUUGCAGCGGCAGCUGCUUCUCAGGGCUUUGAUUUCCACCAUGCUGAGCAGGGCUCAUCCACCUUGACUCUGUGGCUGGGAGAAGGGCCCAGCAGGCUACCGGGGUACGCCACCCACCAGCUGGGGGUUGCAGGUGCUGUUCUAGAUGAAAGCAGGGGAAGAGUGUUGGUCGUACAAGACAGAAAUAAGUCUAAACAAUCAAAUGAACAAGAGCUCUUUGGCACAGGACCAGCAUUAAGUGCAGCGCCCGAGUCGUGGGCACCUACUUUCAACCAGAGGCGAGACACAGCAGUUCGAGAGGUUUUUGAAGAGACUGGCAUCAAGUCAGAGUUCAAGUCCAUCCUAAGCAUAAGGCAGCAACACAAACACCCCGGAGCCUUCGGGAAGUCGGACAUGUACAUCGUCUGUCGCCUGCAGCCCUCCUCUUUCAGCAUCAGCUUCUGCCAGCAGGAGUGCCUGAGGUGUGAGUGGAUGGACCUCCAGGAGCUUGCUAGGACAAAAGACGCUACUCCCAUCACCAGCAACGUAGCUAAACUCUUGCUUUACGGGUACCGGGAAGGGUUUGAUAAGAUCGAUUUAACCAUGAGAGAGUUUCCAGCUGUCUACACAGGCCGCUUCUACAAACUGUACCACAGGGAGCUGCCCGAGUCCUACAGAAACAUUACAUGA